UGCCUCUUUUAAAAAGUGCGUCCUGCUAUUUGAUGUUUUUUUCCGAAGUAAUUGACAUUUCCGGCUGCUGCAGCCAUUGAAGAAUACAUGAGAAGAAGCGAAUGCCUGUCCAAGCUCGUCGCAUCCUCCACUGAUGCCAAGUCCUUGGCCUCCCUCCACUCCCUGCUCCUCCGUUCUGGUCUACUUGCUGCCGCCGAUUGCUUCUUCGCCACCCGUCUGACAUCUGCAUACGCCAGACUGCGCCACACUCUGCAUGCCCGCCAGUUGUUUGACGAAAUUCCCCACCCGAAUACUUUCCUCUAUAAUGCCAUUCUUCGAGCUCACUCUCAUGCAGGUCAGUGGCUCGAAACUCUUAGGCUUUUCCGCCGCAUGAUCAAUGCUUGGUCACUGCAUGGCUGCCCGGAUCAAUUCACUUUCACUGUCGCACUGAAAGCGUGCGCAGCACUCUCGGAAUUGCGCUCUGGACAAACUGUUCACUGCCUCUCCAUCAAGAUGGGAGAAGCUUUCUCUGACAUGUUUGUGGGUUCGUCUCUGGUGGAGUUGUACUCUAGGUGCCGGAAAAUGGGCGAUGCCGUCAUGGUGCUGGAGGAAUUCACUGAGCCAGACUUGGUGCUUCAGACUUCAGUGAUCACUGGGUACACGAAGAAUGGAAAUGCAGAAGAGGCCUUGUCAUUCUUUUCCCGGAACGUGGCCGGGAAGCAUAUAGUUCCUGGUCCCGUCACACUCAUCAGUGUGGUAUCUGCACUUGGACAGUUAGGCAACCUUCUUUCUGGAAAAUCCUGCCAUGGAUUUUUGGUUCGAAUGGGCUUUGAGUAUGAUUUGCCUCUUGCAAAUUCUGUCCUGAACUUGUAUGCGAAAUUGGGUGAGAUUAAUGCAGCAAGAAAGUUGUUUGACAAAAUGCAUGCUAGAGAUGUUAUUACUUGGAGCUCCAUGAUUACUUGUUAUGCUCAGAAUGGGGAUGGUCCUGCAGCUUUGAAGAUGUAUAAAAGGAUGAUUGAGAAUGGAGUAGAACCUAAUUCUGUUACUUUGGUUAGUGUGCUUCAAGCAUGUGCAUUGACUCUUGAUCUCAAUGAAGGUAGAAAGGUGCAUGAAUUUGCAACCCAUAGAGGACAUGAUUCAGAGUUGGCUGUUUCAACUGCUCUUAUUGACUUGUACAUGAAGUGUUCAUGUUCUCCUGAUGCAAUAGAUAUAUUCCAUAAAAUGCCUGAGAAGGAUGUAGUUACAUGGGCUGCUGUCAUUAGUGGUAUGACUCAAAAUGGUAUGGCCAAUGAAUCACUGAAAAUGUUCCAGGAGUUAUUAUCAGAUGGACCUAAUCCUGAUGCUGUUACAAUGGUGAAGGUUCUCACAGCAAGUUCACAAUUAGGAAAUCUUGGUCAAGCUCUCUGUCUCCAUGGUUUCUUAAUUAAGAGUGGUUUUGACAAUAAGGUUUUUGUUAGUUCUGCAGUCAUUGAUCUGUAUUCCAAGUGUGGCUGCUUGGAUAAUGCUGCCAAAGUGUUCCAAACCACGGAUGAGAAGGAUGUAGUAUUGUGGAGUUCUAUGAUAGCUGCAUAUGGAAUGCAUGGUCUUGGAGUUCGGGCAAUUGCAACUUUUGAACACAUGAUCCAAACAACAAUUGCACCUAAUGCAGUUACAUUUGUCACAAUAUUGUCUGCAUGCAGUCAUUCUGGUUUGCUUGAAGAAGGGAGAAGGAUUUUUGACAGCAUGAACCAUGUUUAUGGGGUCAAACCUUGUUUAGAGCAUUACAGUAUCAUGGUUGAUCUCCUUGGACGUGCUGGGAAAUUGCAGGAGGCCUUGUUACUCAUUGAACACAUGCCAAGCCCUGUCAGCCCUGACAUUUGGUGUGCGCUGCUUGCUGCUUGUAUGAAACAUCACAACAUUCAUAUGGGUGAAUUGGUGGCAAGAAAUCUACUAAACAUGGAAACCGAGCAUGCUGCACACUAUAACCUUCUCUCAAAUAUAUAUGCUUUUGAUGAGAAGUGGGACCAGAUGAUUGGGGUUAAGCAAGCAAUGGAAGAGAGAGGAAUAAGGAAGAUACCUGGAUAUAGUUCUGUUGAGGUGAAUAAUGAGGUCCACACUUUCUUAGCUGGUGAGAAGUUCCAGCAAGGACGGGAAAAAAUAUGUGGGUUAUUGAGGGAAUUGACAGUUAAGAUGAGAGAGGAAGGCCAGUUUUCUGGUAUGCAAGCUCACAUGUCUUAUGGGAUGUGAAAAAUCUCGCUGGAGGUUGAUUAUGAUAAGUUUUUCAAAGAGUGAUAGAAGAUUAAGCCCAAUCCACUUUGCAGAAAUAUAUGCACUGAAUUUAAAAGAAAGAACAAUUUGAAUAGACUAGUUUGUCAAUACAUAUGCCUGAAAGGAUCUACUUCAUCCUUAGAGUGAAAUUUCAUUGAGAAGGCACAAGGGCUAGCAGGAAAUGGUCCAAGAAGUACAUCUGGAGAUUAAUUUCUCAACAAUUCAGAACUAUCAUUUUUUAAGUAUAUAUGUAAGAAAAGCCCCCAUGCGAGUUUUGAUCCCACAAUUCAGGGCUAAUCAAAAUUUCUCGAUCAAUCUGUGAAAAGCAAGGCCCCAUUCUGGACUCUUACCAUUAUUCGGUGAGCCAAAAGUGAGACUAUAUAAUUAACUAAGAGAAACUCAAAAUAAAUGAUUUAAUUAUGGAGCUGCUAGUUGGGACUCUCAGAGUGUUGGCAGAAUGGUUGAUAACCUUUUAAUUCAGAAGCAGGAAAAAGGAAAAGACUUGCACCAUUUUGUUAGUAACCAAAUACAACAGUCAGGGGAGGGAAGCAUUAUGAAUCCUGAAACUUGGUCUUCAAUUCGACCGAAAAAACAUGGUCUCCAAUAGUUUUUUGUUUUUCACCUUAACAAUCAAAAUUCUCACAGUUUUGUGAUUUCUCCACCAAGCUUGUCAUUAGUUUUGGUUCAUCCUCAUAGUGAUAGCAUUCACCAUUUCAGUUGAGUGCCCUUGUGAUUCAGACAACUUGGAACUAAAACAUAGAGAAAAGCUAUACAUCCUUCGCUGUUAAAUUCAUGGUGAAAGUAUGACUUCAUUUUGCUGCUAAAUAAAACUUUGUUUCUGUAAUUAUAAAACUGACUUCUUGUUCUGAAAAAUAUAUUGAUU